CUGACCAGCGGGUAGGGCGGUACUGAAUGCGGGUGCGACCCGGAGGCAGCACUUGCCAUGUGCUGGUAGCUCCCGGGGCCCGGCACCGGCUGAGUCGGGGCGGUAGCGGGCAGGGCGGCACCGGGCACGGCCCCCGCCGCCACCAUGGUAAAGGAGGAGUGCAAGGCGCUGCUGGACGCGCUCAACAAGGUGACCGCCUGCUACCGGCACAUGGUGCUGACCAUCGGCGGCACCUCGGACUCCCAGAACCUGCGGGAGGAGCUCAAGAAGACCCGGCAGAAAGCUCAGGAGUUGGCGGUGGCCAACAGGAACAAGCUCACCACGGUCCUGAAGGACAAAACAGUGAGUAAGGAAGAUAAAGCCGAGUUCGAGAGGCUAUGGGUGAUUUUCUCCACGUGCCUAGAGAUCCUGGAGAUCGACAUGAGGAGAGCCCUGGAGCUGGGCCACGAGUUCCCGCUGAACGUCCCCAAAAAACACCUGAUCCAGACGGGCAUGAGCGGUGGAACCUCCGGCGUGGCCGCCCGCGCCAUGAGCGUCCAGAACAUGAAAUACGAGGCUGAGCACAACAUAGACGUGGUGGAUUUGAAAGACCUCGAGAACGAGAUCAACCAGGUAGGAGAGAUGAUGUACGAGAUGGAGAUGAAGGUCAAUGUUCCCCAGUGGACAGUAGAGGCUAAGCAAGAUCCAGGGGCUGAACUGAAAUCCACCAUCAGCGUGGGCGCUUCCUCUAUUGGCAUGAUCUCUGUGGAGGAAAAUAAAUCCUUCUGCGAUAUCAGCAAGGUUCUAGCUGGGAUUAUUUUCACUGCUGUGCUCAUUAUCGCUAUUGUCCUGGCAGUGUGUGUGGUAAAAUUGUCUUAGGGUGGCGCAGGCUCUGACAGCGACCCCUCUCCAGCCUGCCUCUGGAGUGUUUCAUGCCUCACCUUUACUUCCAAAGUGUGUCACUUGGAUGAGCUGAGAAUUGUAAACGAACACUUGAAAGAACAAAGCAGAACUUCUGCCUCUGGAUAUACUAAAAUGCACUAUUUGUUUCUUCAUGAUUUUUGAAGAUAAGGGAUGCAAAUCAGCCUGCAGAACAGAAUGUCUUCAUUUACUGGACUUGUAACAGUUAAGCGAAGUAUCAGGGUAUUAUCACUACUGGCUGUAACAGGGAUUUGCCUGCUAUUAAUAGGUCACUAUUCUCAAAAGCCUGUGGUUUUCGUUCUCCACUAGGCUCUGGUGUUUGCUGCUGGUCACUGUUUACAGUAUUGGAAGGUAACAUGAAUUUGAUGGCUAACGUGGGUGUUUUGUGAAUAGAAUACUUUUUCCCCCAUCAAAUACAAGAAGUAUUUCUUGAGCGAAGGAAAGGGGUAAGGAUGAAAACCCCAAUAAAAGAAUGUAACCAGCCUCUAUUUUAAAUAAGUUAAUGGUCAGGGAUGGGGGGAGAAAUGUUUGAUACCAAGUACUGUUUGUUGAUUUAGACUGGAUUGUACGGAACCCAGCUGCAUGAAUUGGCACAGCAUAUGUGAAUGACUAAUCGCUUUCCAAAUCCAGACAGAAAAAAGGGAGAAUUGCAUAUUCAGAAAAAUACUAGCAAGCCUCAUGGUUCUCAUUCACAUUUACCACGGUUUUAUGUUUCCCUGCAGAAAAACUGAUUCUUGCUACUGGUUGCUAUCUUUCUUUCUGAAGCAGCAAUUCACACUCCUCGAUUAACUAUGAAAACAGGAGCAAUGAAUCUAUCCACAGCAGAUGCAGUUAUAUGGGAAAAUAGAUUUUAGCAAACAGAAAUGACGCUAAGUUAAAGAAGACCUUCCCAAUGGGAUCCCCUCUCCUGCUGACAGGCAGGGACUGAUGCUUGUCUGUGUACAGCCACAUUUCUGCAAGCUCCCAAAUUGCAGAAAUCCAGACAAAGCUAAAAAUGUGUCUCAGGUUCAUAUCUCAGUCAUGUCUGAUUAAUCAUCUGGGAAACAGGAAGCCUGGAGGAUUGGCCCCAUUUGAUAACACUACAAUUUUGGAAGGGAAAUGCAACAGCACAAAACUUUCUAGUGCUUCCCUGCAGAAUUGUAAACAUUAAAAUGUAAAACUGUGGGAACAGACACUUACUUAGCAGAGAAGCUUUACAAUAUUUUGUAAAAAGCAUUUAUGUGUUAUGGUAUUUAUUAUUUGCUUCUGAAAAUACCUUUUAGUGCUAUGAACACACACUGUCCAUUCAGGAAUGCUUGGAACAUGUGCUACAGUGCCAUAGGUGUAUGGGGCACUCCACAGCCAAAUAUAAAGACCCCAAAAAUGUUGGGGGUUUUAAGAAGCAAUUUUUCUUCACUGAUUAUAUUACAGGCAAAUUAUCAAAAAGUAGUAAUAAUUAGACAUGUUUUGUGAACAGUCUUCAUAUUUGUUAAAUAAAAUUGACAACUUGCAUAAGCACCUAAUAUUUUUUAAUAUUUUUGAGUUAAGAAAAAACUGUUGAGUUUUUUGAACUGUUUUUUGAACUGUUUGAGUUCAAAAAACUGCAGCAGACAGUUUAUUCUCUAAAAUUGAAAAGAACUGGAUUUAUGGGGGGGGGAAGUGUAUUUGAAUCUGGUCUCUUGGAGGUGAGGAAAAAAAUAAUAAGCAGAGGCCUAAAUUCAAAGCUAUGGAUUAUCCUUAGGUUGUGAGCUCUGCACAUUGGUCCAGUCUAAGUCCAUUCUCUCAGGAAAUCAGAGUGUUACAAGACAACUCCACAUUCCUUUCUGUUGUGUUUCACUCAUUCCAUAGAAUAUAUUGUAUGUACAGUUAAUCUGUGUCCAUAGAGAUCCCUGACAGGUUUCUAACAAAGCCAGGUCUCUAUUGGUGCUACAGUUCCAGCCUGCCUAGACAAGGUGUAAGUGCUGAGUGUUCAUUUAAAUUGGAUGAUCUCCUUCACAGUCACAGUAAGUAAACAUAUUCAAGGAAAAUACAGCAAAAGCUGCAGGAGAAUGUACCUAUUUGGAUUGUCACCACUUGUCAUUAAAGACCUGUGGAUGUUUUCACUUUUUGCACUCUCAAUUCAUAGGAAGGUAGAGAAGCCACUGGACACUAUUCUGUGCUUCCUGAAAACUUCAUAAACCUUGUGAAAUCAGACCAUUUAUAACCACAUGUUCUCAAGCCCCGAGUCCUGAAUGCAAGUCUGUUUUCUGGUGGAUAAGUAAAUGGUAACACUGACAACAUUCAUUAUCUUUUAUCUUGGGAUCUUCCACACACCUAACCACAGAUAAACAGUUUACCCAUGCUUAGUUGUGUAGAAGAAUUUUUAAGAACAGGUCAUCUUCAAAAGCAAGCUUCAGUGGCUUGGUAAACUGAAAGUUUUCAGUCCAUUGCAGUUUGGUUUUUGUUUUUUUAAUUUGGAUUUUUUAAUAAUAGUACUCAAAAGAAUUAAUAUAAAUAGCGACUAAGUAUGUAAGUCUUGCUUUAUUAUGAAUAUGCACACAAUUACUAUUUAAUGGACUGGCCUUGGAAAAAUAAUUUCCAAAUCUUAAGACAAAGCUGUCUGCAAAUUAAUUCAUCAUUAGUACCUAAUGUUCCUAAAAAUCUGUAUCACCUACUGUUUAGGCUAUCUGAAAUUAAUAGAUUAAGUUGAAUUCUAACAGAUGAUUGGCACUGUCUACAUGGAUAAAGUGCUGCCAUUCACCUCCUACACGUUUGUUCCACGUGACAGAGUUUGGCACGACUGUACAAAACCAAAACUAAAUGAAACCACCAUUACCCAAAAGUACGGAGGCUUCCUGUAAAUUAAGAAAUAGAGAUACAGAUUUGUAGUCUUCAUUUUUUCCCCCUACUGGAAUGCAACUGGAAGGAGACUGGAAAUGCUACUUUGUAAGAGAAAAAUGGGAAUUCAUACUUCAAAAUCCUCUAUAUUGAAACAGCAUGAUGAUAAAGCACAUUCUCUCAUGUUGAAUAGCGAGAAUGUAAUUGUAGUACAAACGAAGAUGAUCAUUGCUUAAUUAAUAUCAGUGUUGAUCUACUUCAGUUCUUUUGUCUUUAUUCACAGAAUACACACAUUAAAUUUGCUGUAUACUAAAAUCUUACUCCUGACUUGAAUUACACUGGUUUUGCCUGUACGUGGGUGGAAUUUUCUACACUUUGAAUAAUGCAAACUGUUACUGUGACUAUUUAUUUAACUUAAAAUAAAGUACUUCCUUAUAA